AUGGCCAAAAUCACUAACCCGCAACCCGUAGGUCCUCUUGGCUCGCUGAACCUCAACUUUCUAAAGUCGUUGAACGACAAGAAGACCACCCGCGAUGGCAAUCCUCCAAAGCGGCGAGGACCUAAACCCGACAGUAAGCCGGCGUUAACACGCCGGCAAGAAUUGAAUCGCCAAGCACAGAGGACGCAUCGAGAACGCAAAGAGCUAUACAUAAAGGCGCUCGAAGACGAGGUGCUGCGGCUUAAAGAGAUCUACACCAAUGUCUCGCAAGACAAAGACAAGCUCGCCGAGGAAAACCGGCAGCUCAAAAUCCUGCUGCAGCAGAACGGCAUCUCGCACAGCCCGGGAGGCGGUGUAGACGACAUCGGCAGCAGUCUAAGCCCCGGAUACACGUCCAACGGUAGCAUCUCGGGAGGCUACGGGGCAGGAAGCUCAAACACCGCGUACACGCCAGGAAUGACGUCGAUAUCAAGCCCGAAUUCCAUGACGGCGACGGCGUCGUCGUCGCAGGGGCUAGGCGGGCAGCAGCAGAAGCAGCAGGGCCACCACGUAGAUUACGAGCAGGCUGGGAUAGAUUUCGUCUUAACGUACGAUAACCCCGAUGACCCCUCGAAGGCGCUCGAGAGACCGUGUAUGGACCACAUGCCGUGGCUGAUCGAGCGAGCGCAAGACACGAGCGGCGACGCGGCGGGCCACGCUCUCAUGGCCUCGUGUCCGCCGGAGCCGUUCCCCGAGCUAAGCGACGAGAUCCCGUUCGGGUACUCGCACACGCACGGCGACCGAGGCGAGGCACCGUCUCGCCAGCGCACGUGGGAGCUGUCCAAAGGUGACUUGUCGACCCUUCUCGAUCUCAGCACCAAGUUGAAUCUGGACGGCGAGAUCACGCCCGUCAUGGCUUGGGGCAUGGUUCUGUCUCAUCCGAAACUGGGGGAUCUGAAGAGCGAGGACUUGGAACGGCUGAUUGAUGAUCUUAAGGGCAAAGUCCGUUGUUACGGGUUCGGAGCUGUGAUGGAGGAGUUCGAGGUGCGGGAUGCGCUCAAUGCCGUCUUCUCCGCGAAGUCGGAGUAUAUAAUAUUGCUGAGAUCAUCCAAUAUGGCAUCCGAAAAAUCCUUGGCCGACCUCAUUGCGGCCUUGCCUGACGGUGACGGAUGGGGUCCCCCUCCGGUGACCGAGACCACUCUCAAUGGUGUCCCGUAUGCUCCUUUCUCAAAAGGCGACAAGCUAGGUCGCAUGGCAGACUGGACAGCGGAUGGCAAGGACGGAAGAGAUGGACGUGGUGGUCGACAGCAGUACAACAGAAACUUCAGGGACCAGCAGAUCUACGGUGCCGGUAGCGCUGCGUUAUUCACUGCACCCGUCGCCGAGGAUGAAAACACAUUCUCCGUCGUCAGUAGAGAACCAACGAAGACUCGAUACGGCCGGGGCGCAGUCUUUACGCGCGGUCGCGGACAACGAGGUGCCCGACAGGACACGAGGGGUGGUCGCGUACAGCUUCAGCGCCCUGGGCGUGGUGGUCAGCAAGGCUACGGAGGAUACGACAGCCGCGGUGGUCGUUCUAAUGCGCCUCGCGGCCGCCGCUUCGGAUGGAAGGAUUACGACAAGCCGACUCGGAACCGCGACGCCUCUAUCAACAUCAAAGCAGACUGGCAGCUACUGGAAGAGAUUGACUUUAACAGACUCGCCAAGCUAAACCUGGACGCUGACGAAGGAGAGGACAUGGAUAGCUACGGUUUCGUUUAUUACUAUGACCGAUCCUACGAUAAGCAACCCGUCAAGGCUGCCGAGAAGAAGCUGGUGCCUUUGGAUCGUGCUGCCUAUAAUGUCACUACCUCAUCGGACCCCGUCAUUCAAGAGCUGGCCGACAAGGACGAAGCCACUAUCUUUGCCACCGAUAGCAUCUUAUCUAUGCUCAUGUGUUCUACCCGCUCGGUCUACCCAUGGGACAUUGUAAUUGUGAGACAAGGAAACAAGAUCUUCCUCGACAAGCGUGAUAAUGCCGCACUAGACAUGGUGACGGUGAACGAGAACGCUGCCGAUGCCCCCAUGGAAGCUUCCGACGGUAACAAGGAUGGAAUCAACCUGCCUGCCGCCCUGGCAGAGGAGGCUACCUACAUCAACCACAACUUCGCGAACCAGGUCGUCCAGGAGAACGAGUCCCAGAAGGUCGAGAUGGCGCACGAAAACCCCUUCUACAAUGCUUCCGAAGAGACUGAGCCUCCGGCGAGCAAGGCUUACAAGUACCGCAGAUUCGAUCUCUCAACUAGCGAGGAGGAUCCGAUGUAUCUGAUCGUCCGGGCCGAGCUAGAUGCCGUUCAAAAGAAUGCCAUUAGCGGCGAGGAUCAGUUCUUGACCGUCAAGGCUCUCAACGAGUUUGACAGCAAGGCCCAAGGCAGCGGCGGUGCUCUAGACUGGAGAACCAAGCUAGUCAGCCAACGUGGUGCCGUUGUCGCAACGGAGAUGAAGAACAACAGCGUCAAGCUCGCACGAUGGACAGUUCAGAGUAUAUUGUCCAAGGCGGACGUCAUGAAGCUUGGUUUCGUUUCUCGCGCCAACCCGAAGUCGAACGAUAAGCACGUAAUCCUGGGAGUUAUUGGCUGGAAGCCCAAGGACUUUGCUAACCAGAUGAACUUGUCGCUCUCCAACGGUUGGGGUAUCGUCCGCACCAUAGCUGACAUGUGUCUUAAGCGUGAGGACGGCAAGUUCGUGCUUGUCAAGGAUCCUAACAAGUCUAUUCUUCGACUAUACGAGGUUCCUGCCGGCAGCUUCGACGACGAAGGCGAAGAAGAGACGGUUCCGGAGACUGUCCCCGAGGAAGAGUAA